UAGUCUGACUGACUGACUGACCAAGAAACGGUUGGAGUUUUUAUGAACACAGACGCUUUGUGAAGAGGACAACACCAUAUUUUAAUCAUUUUUCCCGCAUAGGCUCUAAAACCACCCUUCUAGUCGGCUUUCUCUGUGAGCAUCCUCAAAAAAGCAGCCCGAGUUAACCGAACCGAGACCUACUUACUGUUUAAUGUAUUCAUCGCAAGGCUUUUUAUUUCGAGUAACGUUAACGUUAUAUGACGGCUUAUCUAUCCUUGAUUUACACUCGUUUUGAAUGAGAAGCCAUUCCUUAAUCUGAGGAUAUGUCAGAGAAACGGUUUUCCAGCAUGGAUGAGUCCUCGCUCCGCAGUUUGCUUGAUAAGACUGUGGACAUAGAUGAGCGGCGUCUGAUCCGGACAGCGAUUCGGGAGCUGCGGCGCUGUGAGAUUGAAGAGAUGGAGGCAGCACUGACCAGCAAACGCUUUAGACGUGCCAACCAACACCGACAUGAGGAUAAAGAAAACCAGCGCUGUCCUGACUCGACGGCUUCCUUAGACGUGCUGUCGAGGAAGAUUCAGGCCACACAUGACAUUGAGGAACUCACUGGACUGUUGCGCAGCGCCAGUGAGUACGAGGAGAGAAAACUCAUUCGUGCAGCCAUUCGCAGACUGAGAGAUGAGGAGAUACGAGGAGCUUUAGAGAGUGCUGGCCACAGAACAGAGCCACCACACAAUCCUCAAAGCAGCUUCAGCCUGCAGAAUAACAUCCCAACAGAGUCACUCAUCAGCCAAUCAGAGAGAAUCGGGAAGCACAGAAAAGGCUCAAGCCCUGACAUGGUUUUAGUACUGGAUCCUUUGGUCAGAGAGAAAGUCUCCUGUCCUCUAACUCCGCGGAUUGAGCGGGAUCAUGGCUCGUCCUCCUCAGAGGUCAUUCCCUCGUACCGAGAGCGCUCAGACUCCGGAGAGUCCAGCGAUAGUCACAGCUCCCAUCAGAGGAAGAGGCUGAACUCCAGCGCUUCAGACCAAGACCGCAGCCAUGAAUCUCUGCGGGACCGGAGCUCUCCGUCAGGAACGGCUGGAGAAGAAGUGAGCGCGGGUACACCUUUAAUAUCUGGAAUAGACUCAGAGGCUCCACAAAGUGAUCAGCGGCUAAAAAAACUUGUGAAUGGCCUGGACUCCAGUCACCUCAGAAGCACAGCGGCCUCACAGGAAAACACAUUGAGCAGUAAAAGACCAGAGGACGACUCCAGACUGAAGGUGUCAUCAGGUCGAGACACUUUCUUGACAUCCCUUACUAAUGGCAAGGAUACAGAUUUUAGAAACAAGACGGCAUACUCUGGGCCCUUUAUUCGUGCCAACUCUGUUCGUGACCGGAUGCUGAGGUUCACCGAACCCGUCCCAAACGCACCUAGAAGCGCUCCUAGUUUCUCUCAUUCUACAAACACAGUGUCAGCAGACGAGUCCCGGGACACCCUGUCCUGUUCCUCCUCCAUCCCAAAGAAAGGGAGGAAUGUCAGCGAGAGCAUGAUGUCAGCCCAGCCUAAACUGCUCUCCAGCCAAUCACGUGCAGCAGUGGGCGGCUUAGAGAGUCGCAGUCAAAAUGUCAGGAGUGCAUGUGGUUUUUCAGAAGAAGUGCAGACUCCUGAGGGAGAAUCAUCUGCAGGAGCCCACCACUCCAGCAUGAAAACCUUCCUCAGCAUCGAGAUCAAAGAUGGACGAAACCCACCGUCACAUUCUUCACUCUCAUCGUCCUCCACCGCCGUAAACAUGAGUCCUCGGAUCAUCACAGCUGCCGCUCCACAGAGAACAGAGCUGACUCUUGGUUUAAGAGCGACACCGUUCAAAGUGACCAGCUCGAGUCUCUCAUCCGGAUCCUCUGUGAAGAUGGAGACGGAGCCUGUUUCUCUCGUGGGUGAAUCGGUUAUUGAGAUGCCUCAUGACGUCCCUGUUCUUCCCAACGGAUCAUCCGUGACCUCCAUCAAAACUGAAGCGCAGAGCGAGAAACUGACUGCUGAGAAGCUGCGGGACAUUGAGGAUGAGGAGAUCCUCGACAAAAUGCUUGAUGAAUGCAAAGAUUUUGAAGAAAGGAAAAUGAUCAGGACUGCGAUGAGAGAACUGCGCAAGAAGAAGCGAGAGGCUAAGCUGGGAUGCACACAGGAGGAGAUGGACCAGCGGGAGAAGGAGCGUGAUCAGCGUCUGCUAGAGCUCAGACAGCAGCGUGAGGAUAGAUGUAAGAAAGCAGACAGCAGUGAGGUGCUGAUGAAGAAGACGGAGCGCUCCGCUGACGGCUCCACUGUCAGUCACAUCACCAAUCGUAUUUCCCACACAGAUGACACUGGCAGGACGUCCCGCAGCACCAUCAUGGAGUCCAGCUACAUUCAGAAGACAGACAAAGGCACAACGCAAACAAAGUCCUACAGUUACUCCAGCACCACGUCCACUAGAAAGGUUGGAAGUGUUUUUGACCGUGAGGACAACACGACCCGCAGCUCCAGCAGAUCUUCAGCUCUGGAUCGCAGACAGGCCGAGAGAUCGGAGCUCAUGAGGGCUCAGACGUUACCAAAGACAUCUGCAGCUCAGGCCCGAAAAGCCAUGAUCGAGAAGCUGGAGAACACCAGCGGGAACUCAGCGAUUGCUCAGGUGAACAGGGUUCAGCGCUCCACCAGCUUUGGUGUGCCCAACGCAAACUCCAUCAAACAGAUGCUCCUGGACUGGUGCAGAUCCAAGACCCGAUCAUACGAGAAUGUGGACAUCCAGAACUUCUCCUCCAGCUGGAGUGACGGUAUGGCUUUCUGUGCUCUGGUGCAUAACUUCUUCCCAGAGGCCUUCGAUUACUCCAGCCUCAGCCCCAGCAACCGCAGGCAGAACUUCGAGACGGCCUUCAGCACAGCAGAGAGGCUGGCAGACUGUCCGCAGCUGCUGGACGUGGAGGAUAUGGUGCGGAUGCGGGAGCCCGACUGGAAGUGCGUGUACACGUACCUCCAGGAGUUCUACAGGGGACUGGUGCAGAAGGGCCUGGUCAAAACCAAAAACUCCUCCUAGAGUCAAAACUCAGGCCAAAAACGGGCUUAUGCCAACUGCAUGCCCCUGCUGGAGGUGGAGGACAUGAUGAUCAUGGGUAAGAAACCAGACUCCAAGUGUGUGUUCACGUACGU